UAACGAUCAUUGAAUCUACAAUUAUUGGCAAAUCAUCCGAUGGAAAAAAUGAACAUUAUAUAGUUGUCAUUAAAAGUGUUCAAAACAGCAAUAAAGAGCCAACAGUUGCUAUUACUAAAACCAUUGAUUCUAUAUAUCAAGAUCAUAUCUCUUGGAUUUCAAACAUUCAUUCUCAAGCAACCGUCGUGACAUCUCUCGAUGAGAAUGGUUCCUCGCAUGCUGCUAAUAAUAGCAGCAGUGAUAUUAUUAUUCGUGAAUACGCUAUUGGCGACAAUUUUCGUGCCUAUUCUGCUAUGUUUGAUCCACAAUUUGCGGAAAAUGCUUUAAAACAGCGCGAAGAAAUUGAUUAUGUUGUACGCGAUUCCGAGGUUUGGGUUGCACGUGAUAUUGAUGGUCUUAAUGAAGAAGAUAUAAUUGAAGA